UUAGUCAUUGGCGUCACGUGCGCACGUGCGCGGUACUACAUGGUAUUGAGUAGCAUGGCUUUCUGGCUGUUUUUCAUCACUCUUCUAUAUAUUCCAAUGAGGCAAACGUUGUGCGAGUUGCCUGCACCGCAUCCUCGCGAGCCUCACUGCGCGCAAAAAGAUUUCCGAGACUUGCACGCAGUUUUUCCAAGGGCCGCUGCGGUAUCUUGCACUUCUGGUCCUCUACGGAUGUCUACUGGCGUUUGCAAACGUGGAUUUGGGCCUAACGGAAAGCUCCCGCAAGCCGUGUGUUGUCUUAUCGUGACUGUUGACUCCGAGACAGCGGUAUGGAAGGAUGUUAAGGGAAACGCUUGCGUGAAGAUCGAGAACUCGACAACUAGUGCAAAACCAACACAGCCAACUACUCCAAAUGACACUCAGUCGGUGACUCAUCGGAAAACCCACCAACCAACAUCAAUGUUUGUGUCAUCUUCAGUUGCACCUACUGCUUUCACCACAGUUCCUGUUCGACCGUGGUUCACAAUGUCUACUAAUAAAUGGCACAGUGGCGGACCUCAGAAUGUGACAUGGAAGAAAGCUAAUUGCAUUUUGUUUUAUGCAAAUGAAAUUGUUAUUAACUUUGGUUGGAAGAAAAAGUCGUACAAAUUCAACAGCACAAUUUUCCAAGCUGACAUGAAAUCUAUUCCACCUAAUAUAACUUGCUCAGGAUCUAAGCAUGUAUUGUCUGGAGGAUGGUACAAAGAAUCACAUAAUAUCACAUUUUCUGUGACUUUUGAGAAGAGCAAUGGCUCAUGGUAUGCAACUCACAUGGAACACAAUGACACCAGUCUCAAGACAAAUUUCAGAUAUGAUAACAAAUACUUCAAAGCACCUCUUGGAAACUCAUUUCAUUGCGGGCAGAGCACUUGUAGAAGCAACGAUGGUCUUGCAACUAUUGUGUUUCAUAACAUUACUGUUCAACCGUUUCAAGUGUCCGGUGUACAAUUUUCGUCAAAGACUAGUAGCUGCCCUAAGUCCUCAUCCACAUGGACAUCUGAGUUAACUGUGUUGAUUGUGUGCAUUUCUGUUGGGAGCAUUGCCUUGUUCAUCAUCAUUGCAUAUGUUGUCAUUCGAUGUUCAAGAAGUGAAUACGAUUUCUUAAAGUAGACAGCCACAAUGUGCAAUAGACAUGUGGGUAUAUUUUUAGUUUUAGCUUAUGUUUUAUGUUGCACAUGCUGUGAAUAUUUUUAACGAAUAAGUUAAUUAUGGUUAUUGUCAGCUAUCGAA